AUGUUCAAGAACACGUUUCAGUCUGGGUUCCUCUCUAUUCUCUACAGUCUAGGAAGUAAGCCUCUUCAGAUAUGGGACAAAGAAGUUAAGGAUGAUGGUCAUGUGAAGCGUUGCCAUGAUGAUGAUAUACAAUCCAAUGUGCUUGAAGUAGUUGGAACAAACAUUCAGUCUACUUACAUUACUUGUCCUGCUGAUCUUUCUGCAACUCUUGGUAUCAAGCUUCCCUUUUUGGUGUUGGUAGUGAAGAAUGUGAAGAAGUAUUUCUCAUUUGAGAUUCAGAUUUUGGAUGAUAAGAAUGUGCGUAGGCGUUUUCGAGCUUCGAACUUUCAAUCUGUGACUAGAGUGAAGCCAUAUAUAUGCACGAUGCCAUUGAAGAUGGAUGAGGGAUGGAAUCAGAUUCAGCUGAACUUACCUGAUCUUACUAGGAGAGCUUAUGGGACUAAUUACGCUGAGACUUUGCGAGUUCAGGUUCAUGCUAACUGCCGUCUCAGAAGGAUAUAUUUUGUUGACCGUCUCUACUCAGAUGAAGAGCUUCCUCCGGAGUUCAAGCUCUAUCUACCAGUGCAGGUUUGA